AUGGCGGAUCAGGUUUCGAAUGUGUUAACGGCAAAGAAUUCUGUUUCAGUUUGGAACAAACAAGCAGCAAGCUCUGCUCGAAAACGACAAGUCUCAAACAUCUCCGUUGACGCAGAUCAUAUGUUUGGAAUGCGAAGUCGUCUAUCACGAGCGUCAACAAGUCCGACGAUUUUCGAGGAUCCACCCGGAAAAGUCAACAUGUUUUGA